CUGCCGCUUUGCGUUCCACGCGUUCAGUCACGUUGUCACCGCGAUAUAAUGUGCUGAUUCGGGGGAGUUAUCGUUUUGAGAGAAAAAUUUAAUGACGAUGGACUUUCAGAGUGCCAUGGAGACCUUUGCAGAGGCUUGGGUCGCCGCCAAUACUAAAAGUGCGCCACUAUCAGAUGUCAACGUGCAGAGUCAGGCUAUGGCCUUGACAAGGGGUUGCAGAACGCCACCUUCGGUAUCUACACCGGCAGCUGCAGGGGGUUCCAACCGGGACUCCGCCGAGAGAGCCUGUACUCCUGCUGCUCCUCGUUCUGCAGCGUCUCUCGAUUCAGUUGUGUCUGCCCCCUCUAUCAAGGACGAAUUCGAUCACCCAAAGUCUACUCCCGGAAAAUCCUUGCCAGUACACUGCGUGGUGGAAGCCGUAUCGACGAUUGAUGAAUCGCGCAUAACUAAUCAAGGGUUAUGGAAGCGGCGCCCGUUAAUUGAGACUGAUAGUUAUGUGAUCAUACCCGCCGCAACCCCGUUUCAGGGAUUGGUACAGGCAGCUCUGUUGCGUUUGGGUUACUCCGCCGACAGUGCAGCCACAGCAAGAGGAUCGGUUAUUUUAAAAAACUGGAAAGCUUUAAGCGUCGAUCAAAUCUCAGACGACCCCCUGGUUACAGUCGGUGAUAUUUUAGGAGAAUUGACGGCCGUGGCGACGCUCCGCAUCCAAGUAAUUCGAAGUCGAUCUGCCGUAUUUGCGGACAUCAAAGAAAAAUUACUCCGCUUCUUUUUAACACAAUCUCAGGGACUUCUCGUAUCUGCCGGCUGUCCAAUCGACGAGCUUAUUUUAUCGCAGAUAUGCCGUACUAACUUCGGAAACGACGCCCCGUCAACCGAGCUCUCAGAAGAGUGCCGCCGUAAGUUUGAUCAGUGGUGGUCGGCGCAAUUUUGUCCUUUAUCGCCAAGUAGCCGAGUCCCACCUGUUACCUCAUAUACCAACUUGUAUCCCGUUUCGUUGCACUCCUCAAAAUCACUAGACCGUCCCGUGCCCGACCCCUCUCACCCCGCUAUGCAAAACGUCCACAGUCAAUUUCCCACCCAAAAAACUCGAAUGCGUACUAGCUUCGAUCCCGAACUUGAACUACCGAAACUGCAAAGAUGGUUUUCUGAUAAUCAACACCCUAGCCGGCAGCAAAUUCAACAGUAUGUCAAGGAGUUAAAUAGCCUCGAAUCGAGACGCGGCAGAAAACCUCUGGAUGUCAAUAACGUGGUAUAUUGGUUCAAAAACGCCAGAGCCGCACAAAAACGGGCCGAAAUUCGAAAUGUUACCCCAGCGUUAACGUGUCACAUGUCGGUGAAUGGCUACAACGACCACAGUCCCAACAAUGGUUCCAACUUGCUAAUGACCGAUUGCUACAUAAACUCUGAUCCGCACCUAAAAAACAACCUUCCGACUCCCUACAGACGAGGUUUUCAUACCACUCGUAUGUCCGAUGAACUUUCGAAUGCAACCUCCGAUUUAGAGGAAGAAGACAUCAUCGACAGUCAGCCACACAGCCCAAUAGGUCCCCUUUCCUUAACUACGACGAACAAACGCGAUCCAAAGGAGUGUAGCUCACGUUCAGUUAGCCCCUCGCACGGAAUACAAGUCGACAGUACGAAGCAAGAACCGAAAGACGAACCUACAAGUUACCAAUCGCCUAGUAACCACUCGCACUCAAACAGGAUGCAUAUGUCCGAUGGUGAGGAUGGGCCAAACGAAGAUGCACGAAAUCGUAUAAACAACCGUAUCAACCACUCUCCUCCAGAUCGUAGCCUUUCACAAGCUUACUGUGGAUCACCGGAAUUCGAAAGACACCUGCAGAAUCGCGCGCCAAACGAUGGACUGGAAAGGUUAACCACUGGCUUUCCGUUGGUCCCAAAUUCAAUGUUUAGCCAAAGUAUUAUGUACAUGAGCCACUACAUUCCCGGCUUAUCACACGCUGCCACGUCACCCAAUAGUUCAAAUGUUCUAGGAAUGUCAGCGGACGAACGUAGAAAACGUAAUAGAACCUUUAUAGAUCCCGUCACUGAAGUACCAAGGCUAGAGCAGUGGUUUUCACUUAACACCCAUCCUUCCCACAAUCUCAUUUUGAAAUACACUGAAGAACUAAAUUGUAUGGCUUAUCGACAAAAAUUUCCCCGUUUAGAACCUAAAAAUGUUCAAUUUUGGUUUAAAAAUCGUCGCGCUAAAUGUAAAAGGCUUAAAAUGUCUCUUUUUGAUAAUCAGCAAUCUGUACAUUAUCAUCCAGCUGAUAGAGAAUAAAUAUUCUUCGUACUUAUGUUAUACUUGAUAUUUGCCAAAGAAAUUGUAAGUCUUUUUUAAGUAAUAUGUGUGAAAUUUGUAAAGUAGUGAGAAUACGUUUUGGUGAUCCUGUUAUGAAUUCGGAUGCUGUACAAAUAUAUAAAGCGUCAUUGUUACAUGUGUAGUUGUAACCGAAUUGUA